CGCGGAAGCUAAAAAGUGGGUCAAAGGAAAGGCUGGUAGGAAGUUCAAGGGUCCCGCGCCAGACAAUGACUGUGGUGGUAACAUUCCCGUGUCUCUUUUAACUGCACAUGCACACACUCACACCAAGGAUACUGGCAGGCUUCAUUUCAUCCAUUCUUUAGAGGUUGAGGUCUGCUUUGGAAAAGAAGGGUAGACGAAGACAAAAUGUGGCCUUCUGCUAUAGCUGUUGGGGUGACCAGUGUCCUUUGGUAUGCCAUCAACCUUAACAUCUACCUUGUGAUAGCACUGUGCUCAGCCUUGUACAUCAGCCUUGGAGGUUCUUUAACCAUCUGGCAGAUAUACAAAACUCUUCCAAGAGAUUUCAAAGGUUUGGUGCGAUUCAUUAAACUGACAGUGAAGCUCAAGCAUGCUCAGCGGAAUAAUCUAAGUGUUCCGAAAGCCUUCCGCAUUAUAGCGUCCAAGAAUAGAAACAAAGUGGCAUUCUACUUUGAAGAAGAGACAUGGACUUUUGGACAGGUGGAUGAGCUAAGCAACAGAAUAGGGAACUAUUUUGCUAGUCAAGGCAUCAAACAUGGGGAUUCUGUGGCUGUCUUCUUGGAGAACAGAGUGGAGUAUGUCUGCCUUUGGUUGGGGCUAACUAAGAUAGGUGCUGUUCCUGCCCUCAUCAACUACAAUCUCCGUCUUGAACCACUGGUGCAUUGUAUUAAAGUUGCAUCUUGCAAAGCUAUUGUGUGUGGUGCUGAAGUUCAGCCAGCAAUAUGUGAUAUAUUUGACAGAGAGGAAAUUUCAAGUCUGCCUAUAUAUGUAUAUGGUCCCAGAGAAGAAGAAAUUGCCAUCCAAGGUGGUAUCGACCUGGAUUCUGUCUUACCCUCCACUCCAACCACUGUUCCACCACAACUAAUGAAUGUGAACUUCAUUGACAAUAUGGUCUACAUCUACACUUCUGGUACUACUGGCCUUCCAAAGGCUGCUAUCAUCAAGCACUCUAGAGGCUACAUGGCAAUGAUUGCUGGUACCUGUAUGAUUGGUCUGACUGACGACGAUAUUGUGUACUCACCUCUGCCCCUGUACCAUCUGGCAGCUGGCCUUUUAGGGUCAGGUCAAGCUCUUUGUCAUGGAAAUACUGUUGUCCUCAAACGAAAAUUUUCAGUUUCUGCAUACUGGAAAGACUGUGUGAAAUAUAACUGUACGGCUGGCCAGUACAUUGGUGAGAUUUGCCGCUACCUCCUCAACAUGCCAGAGAAACCAGAAGACUCUCAACACAAGCUUCGCAUCAUGUUUGGAAAUGGUUUGAGGCCUACCAUAUGGGAAGAAUUUCAGAAAAGGUUCAAUGUUCCUAAAAUAAGUGAAUUCUAUGGGUCGACAGAAGGGAAUGCCAACAUAAUUAACAUUGAUGGUAAAGUAGGAGCAGUCGGCUUUGUGUCUGUUCUCUUCCCAGCUGUCUAUCCUGUGGCUCUCCUGAAAGUUGAUGAAGAAACCAGGGAAAUUGUACGUGACUCAAAUGGGUUGUGUAUCAGGUGUAAACCAGGUGAGGCUGGAGAGUUUAUUGGCAAGAUUAUACAGAAUGAUCCUAUACGUGACUUUCAUGGUUAUGCUGAUCAGAAUGCCACCAAGAAGAAAGUAGUCAAAGAUGUCUUCAAGAAAGGCGAUUUUGCUUUUCUCUCUGGUGAUAUUCUUGUUAUGGAUGAUGAAGGUUACCUGUACUUCAAGGACAGAACAGGUGAUACUUUCCGAUGGAAGGGAGAAAAUGUAUCAACUAUUGAAGUAGAGAACAUAAUUUCUCGUGUGACUGGACUCAGUGAUGUUAUAGUGUAUGGAGUGGAGGUGCCUGGCACAGAGGGUCGAGCAGGAAUGGCAGCUAUUCUUGAUCGUGAGGAUGCAUUGGAUUUAGAGCAUUUAUAUGAUGGAAUGGCCAAGUCCUUAGCUUCUUAUGCCCGUCCUCUAUUCAUCAGAACUGUGAAGGAGAUGGAGAUGACAGGAACAUUCAAACUAAAAAAGGUAACUGUUCAGAAGGAAGGCUUCAAUAUAAACAUCAUCAAGGAUAAAGUAUUCUUCUUGGAUGUAAAGAAGAGAGCAUACAUACCCCUUACCACAGACAUCUACAAUAAGAUUAUUAGUGGUGAAAUGAGAUUGUAAACUGGCUUGAGCUAAAUCUUUUAUAUUAAGAAAAUAAAAAGAACCAUUAAUUAUAGUCUGUUGUACAAACUUUGGCUUUUGUUUUAUGAAUACUCAGGAUUAAAACACUUUAUUAUUAUUAUUAUUAUUAUUAUUAUUAUUAUUAUUAUUAUUAUUAUUAUUAUUAUUAUUAUUAUAUUAUUAUUAUUAUUAUUAUCAUCAUCAUUAUUAUUUGUUAUCAUUAUUAUUAUUAAUUAUUAUUAUUAUUAUUAUUAUUAUUAUUAUAAUUAUUAUUAUUAUAAUAAUAAUAAUAAUAAUUAUUAUUAUUAUUAUUAUUAUUAUUAUUAUUAUUAUUAUUAUUAUUAUUAUUAUUAUUAUCAUCAUCAUCAAAGUGAAUGUUAUUAGGUUUUAUCUUCAUGGAGAAACAGAGUGACAAUAGCUACUGAGUUGAUUUAGUAAUUUCUUCUAAGAUUUUGCCUGUGUGUAUUCCAUGAACUGACAUAUCUCUGUUGGUGCUGGAUUUAAAAACUAAGAGCUUUUUACACAAUUGAAUUUUACAUUUGUGCAUAACUUUGGCAUUGUUUAAUGCUGGUAAGGUAUAGCUUUUUGUUCCAUCAUAGCUUAGAUACUGUUUUCAUUGACUUCCCUUUUAGGGCAUGUGAAAUCUGAUUUUUUUAUAUAUAUAUAUAUAUAUAUAUAUAUAUAUAUAUAUAUAUAUAUAUAUAUAUAUAUAUAUAUAUAUAUAUAUAUAUAUAUAUAUAUAUAUAUUCAAAUGGGCUGAACCUGAAAAUUAUUCAUAAAAAUUUCCUUAAGUUUACACAUAAUUUGCAAGUACAGUGGAACCUCACUUCUAAAACAAAAUUAAUUUCAGAAUGGCAUUUAAAAUAAAAAAAAAUGUUCAAAAACUUAAACUAUUUUCCCAAUAGAAAUCAAUGUAAAAUGGACUAAUCCAUUUCCAGACAUCAGUCUACCCUGUCUUAGUGGCUUAUGACAGACACUCCCACAGCCAAGAUGACUGCUUCACAACAUCAGCUCACAAAUUAUUUAUCCAGAAAGGAUGUAAUGAAUGAACUUAGUGACAGAGAACUCAUCAGAAGAUACUGUUUAGGCUAUGCAGGUAUUCUCUUUGUCAUCACUCUAGUGAGAGAAGCCUUACAGGACACAAAAAGGAGCAACCCACUUAUACCAAAAUGAAGAUGAUUAUAACACUUAGACAUCUUGCUACUGGGAAAGGUUACUAGAAAAAUGCAGUUGUGCAGUAGUGGUGGUUGGAGGUCAUCAAGAGAGCCACAGGUGGCUCGGGAUAACUCCUGAGUGCUGAAAACUGUUUGUUUACAUUGAGGCUUUUCACAUUUACCUUAAAGAUUGAAUUACUGUUUACACUUUGUAUCUCCUUCAAGUAUAUAAAAAAGAAUUAAAUAUUUAUAGAAACUAUAAAUUAGUAAUAAACAGCAGCUUUGCUGUCUUUUAAUAUUUGAAAUCCAGUAACUUUGUUAUAGAACUGAAUUAUGGUAUCACAACCGAAACAAUAGUGGGGUCAAAAUUUUGUUCAGAAACCGAUUUGUUUGAAAAGGGAGGCAUUCCACUGUAAAUACAGAGCUAUGUAAAGCACAUAUAUAUAUAUAUAUAUAUAUAUAUAUAUAUAUAUAUAUAUAUAUAUAUAUAUAUAGAGAGAGAGAGAGAGAGAGAGAGAGAGAGAGAGAGAGAGAGAGAGAGAGAGAGAGAGAGAAUAGUCAAUGAAAAUAGUAUCUAAAUUAUGAUGGAACAAAAAGCUACUCUGAAUAAUAAAGGUAUGUUACAAGGAAUGUGCAAUCACAGUUUACAUACUGUCUCCUCUGUUUUGGUGUUAGGACUGUAGCCUCAGUCACUCAAGAGUAGGAUACAUAUUAUAUUAUUCAAUAGCACCAGCAAGAACAGAGUAAUACAGAAUACUCAUGCCUUCAAGUUUGCUUGAAAAUCCAAGAUUCUUGUGUAAAGCAACUUUCUGUACCACUUACAUUUUCAUUAAAUAUAAUAAGUAAAGUUAGAGUAAAAUCAAAGAUGGUUGUUCAUCCCAGAUUUUCAAGAAUAUAUAAAUGCAUUUGCUAAUUAUGCAAUUGUGUGUGUGUGCAUAUAUAUAUAUAUAUAUAUAUAUAUAUAUAUAUAUAUAUAUAUAUAUAUAUAUAUAUAUAUAUAUAUAUAUAUAUAUAUAUAUUGUGGUUGUAACCUUUAUACUGUAGUAUCUAUUCCCUUAUACCUGUUAUUCAAGAAAACACGUUACACAAAGGGCAGCUUUUUUUUGGUACUUAUUGUCAUGUGUGAGAAAUCAUGUUCAAGGCACAAUGGUUCAAGAUGUUUUUCAUGCCUAAAGAGUAUGUAAUGUUAUGCAUUUUUAUCUGAGUACCUAUGCUGUUACUUUUGAGAGAACUAUUUUUAAAUAUAAGCAGUUUGAAAAC